UGGAGAUCUCCGUGAUUCAAGCAAAUGAGGUUCAUCAAAGUGGCUAACACCCUUCACAGACUCAAAAACUAUAUUAAUAUUGACUACUCAAUAUAUGGCCAUCUCUUACAACUAUGCAAAGAACAUCACCUUAUUCGCCAAGGCAAAUAGCUCCAUGCUCGUCUUGUUAUCUCCUCAACAAUCCCCCAACAACUACCUUGCCUCAAAGCUCAUCAAUUUCUAUUCAAAAACGAAACACCUCAAACAAGAUCACCACGUGUUCGACGAAAUACCCCAAAGAAAUACAUUUUCUUGAAAUAUGUCAAUCAAACAUGGGAUGAAUAAUAUCUAACUAAGUUUGUAUCAAAUUAUUUUUUUAAUCCUUCCAAACAUAUGACCCUUAACUUUAUAACUCUCCCAGAUUAGAAAAUAUACUGACUUUAUUUUUCUUAAUAAAAUAAACAACAACAACAAAAAAUCCAGCUUAAUUUUACAAGUGGAAAAGGGUCGAAUUUGCUCAUGCACUCUCACAAAUAAGCUAUAUUUGAUAUUCGUUAUACUUUUUAUAUAUUUGUCCUUUUCAUCUAAUUUUAGGAUCAUAUUUGUCUCAGUAUUCUAUUUUCAGGCCAUAUUUACCUUCCUUCUGCUAAUAAUUCCUCUUGUAGGCGUUUAUUUUCUUAUGUGGCACGUACUUGAAAUUUUUUGCCCGCCAACUCCAGUUGAAACCCAUAGCCAUGUUAGUUAUGCCUGUAACUAAAAGCAUCCUUAACAGACUCAAAAACUAUAAUAAUAUUGACUACUCAUUAUAUGGCUAUCUCUUACAACUAUGCAAAGAACAUCACCUUCUUCGCCAAGGCAAACAACUCCAUGCUCGUCUUGUUCUUUCCUCAACAAUCCCCAACAACUUCCUUGCUUCAAAGCUCAUCAAUUUCUACACAAAAACCAAACACUUAAAAGAAGCCCACCAGGUGUUCGACGAAAUACCUGAGAGAAAUACAUUUUCUUGGAAUGCCCUUUUAAUUGGUUACUCUUCACAGAACUACCAUGUAGAAACACUCAAGUUGUUUUCUUCAUUUUUGUCUAAGAAUUUUGAUGUGAAACCUGAUAAUUUUACGGUUACUUGUGUGUUGAAAGCUGUUUCUGGUGUGCUGGGGGACUCUAUUUUGGUUAAAAUGAUUCAUUGUUAUGUUGUUAAAAAUGGGUUCGAUUCGGAUGUGUUUGUAUCGAAUGGUUUGAUCACUUCUUAUUCAAAGACGGGUGAUAUGGUAUUGGCGAAAAGUGUGUUUGAUGAGAUUCCUGAAAGGGAUAUAGUGUCGUGGAAUUCAAUGAUAUCGGGUUAUUCUCAAUGUGGGUUUUACGACGAAUGCAAAGGAUUAUUUAGAGAAAUGAUGAAUUUAGAAGGGUUUAGACCUGAUGGGGUCACAGUAGUGAGUGUUUUACAAGCUUGUGCACAGUCGAAUGAUCUUAUUUUGGGAAUGGAAAUUCAUCGUUAUGUUAUUGAAAACAAGAUUGAAGUUGACAUUUCAGUUUUUAACUCGAUUAUUGCUCUGUAUUCUAAAUGUGGUAGCUUAGACUAUGCAAGAGAGCUUUUCGAAGAGAUGAGUGAGCGGGAUGAGAUAACUUAUGGUGCAAUGAUUUCAGGCUACAUGAUUUAUGGAUUUGUUGAUAAAGCUAUUAAUAUUUUUCGUGAAAUGGAGAAACCAUGCUUGAGUACUUGGAAUGCUGUCAUAUCGGGUCUAGUUCAGAAUAAUCUCUACGAACAAGCUUUAGAGUUAGUUUGUGAGAUGCAGUUAUCAGGUGUCCAACCUAAUGCCGUGACUCUCUCAAGUAUUCUUCCGGGAAUUUCGGAAUUAGCAUUUGCAAAAGGAGGGAAAGAAGUUCAUGCCUAUGCCAUUAAGAGUGAUUGUAAUCAAAAUAUCUUUGUCGCGACUGGAGUUAUUGAUACCUAUGCAAAACUGGGUUUUAUACAAUUAGCACGACGAGUUUUUGAUCACACAAGAGAUCGGAGUGUCAUUAUUUGGACGGCAAUUAUCUCAGCGUAUGCUAACCACGGAGAUGCCAAGGCUGCACUUGAUCUAGUUAAUGUGAUGCUGAGUCAUUGCAUAAAGCCAGAUUCUGUCACAUUUACUGCUGUACUGGCAGCUUGUGCCCAUUCUGGACUGGUUGAGGACGCUUGGAGAAUUUUCGAGUUGUUGGCAAAGUAUGGAAUUCAGCCUUUGGAUGAGCAUUAUGCUUGCAUGGUGGGAGUUCUAAGUAGGGCAGGUAAGCUAUCUGAAGCAGUUGAUUUAAUAGGAAAGAUGCCAAUUGAACCCAGUGCUAGGGUGUGGGGUGCACUCCUUAACGGGGCUUCGAUUUAUGGUGAUGUUGAAGUUGGUAGAUUUGCAUGUAGUCGUUUGUUUGAAAUAGAGCCUGAAAAUACUGGAAACUAUACCAUCAUGGCAAAUUUAUACUCAAAAGCUGGGAGGUGGGAAGAAGCUCAAGAUCUUAGGAAGAACAUGAAAAAAUUUGCAUUGAAGAAGAUUACUGGUAGUAGUUGGAUGGAAACAUGUCAAGGCAUAAAAAGCUUUAGAGCAUCAGAUGAAUCAAAUGAAGAGGCUGGAGAGGUUUAUGGGGUAUUGGAAAGAUUGCUUGGUUCGAUGAGGGAUAAUGGUUACGUGAUGAUGGAUGAACUUAACGAGGAAACCGUGUGACAAAAUCUGCUGCUAUGAGUAGGAGGUUGCACUGAAGAAGCAGUUUCGUGGGCUUCAUUAUUCAGAAGAAUUCGGUUCCUUGUCUUAUCGUGAGGAAGUAGAAAGUCAUUUAGCAAGCAUUAGUACUCUUCCUGUGGUGAUAGCAUGAUGCCAUUCUGUGGGAACUGAAGACACGACAUUUUAAGUGGUAAAAGUGCUCAAGAAAGAAUUCAAAUAUGGUGUAACUAGAAAGCGAAGAGACAUGUUAAGUCAGAGGGUAUUUUGAUGUAAACACAUUUAUGCUUCCCCUGGAACAAUAUUCGUCGUUUAGCUGAUGAAAUACUUUGGAGAGAGGAUCAUCAGCUUCUGGAAGUCCUUUUGGAGGUCUAGCACCAGAUCUUCUGGUAUAUUGUUGCUGCACCGCCAUGCCCAUCCCCAAGAAUUCUAAUCAUUCAUCCAAGUGGCUGAUGCUUUCAUACCUGAUGCAUCACAUAGUUCGUGAUCCAAAGCCGCUGUCUUCUUGCAACCUAGCAAGUAUAAUGAUCUCAGUUAUUGAUGCUGAGAAUGUUUCACAAGUUGUCAAGUUCUAUUUACCAUUGUUUAUCACAAGAAGGUGCACAAAGUCCAAAAAAGCAGCCGUGAGUGAUGAAAAGGGAAGUGACAAGAGCCCUUGAUAAGUGCAGGCUACAGUGGGGAAUAACUUGCACCAAACUAAAUUAUUAUGGCUUUGUUUGUAGGGCCAAAGGGUGUACAUAUUUUCCAUGAAUGGGUCAAAUGAUAUUUUUGCUCUUCUGCUUGUUCUUUUUCACCAUGUUGUUAAACAGAGAUAAUGAAAAGAAAGGAAUAAUUGAAAUUGUUUAAACUGGACA